AGGUGGUGCUAGAAUCAAAAAAAACAUAAGAGCUAAGUUAGAAGGUUUUUUUCUGAACAAGAAUCGAGUAGAUAAAGACAAAAUGAGUGCAAAGGCCAUACAGGUCAAACUUCUGAAAUUUGUUAAAAAUGAAGACAUUGAAGCAGAGGAUAUUUCAAAAACUUCUAAAAUACAAAAUUGGAUAAAUUCAUAUACCUGGGCUUUUAAACAAAAAGCAACAGAAAAGAAGCUUAGGUUAGAUGAUAUAUAA